AUUUUGGGCGGAGAUAUCUUUAGUGAGGCUGCAAGACGUCUCACCUUCACUACCGCUUACAUCCGUUGACCUGCGCAUGCAUUUGGUGUAGCGCUGCGGUAGUGAAUAACUCUCGACCAUCAUGAGUUUUUGGCAGGAAAAUUACGGUUUUGUGAAGGAGGUGUAUGAUUUUCGGUGCUCCAAGUACCUGGAAUGGAUGGACAAUAUCGAGGCGAUCAUUGGCAAAGUGAUGGCGAAUACGCAGUACACUGCCAAGGAGUUCAAGAUCAUCAAGGACACCUUCACUUCCCUGUGCCGUGACCUGGAGAAGGAGAACACCAAGUCCUGGCUCGACAUGAUGCUCGAGAAGCUGUCGGCGCACUCGGCCGAGGGAGAGGAAGGCUUGUCGGGGCGCGACAAGGCGAUGAAGGCUCAGGAAAAGAAGAAGCUCGAGGCGAUGAUUGAGCGUCAUAACAGCCUCAUGGCGCCCACCAUGGAGGCUCAGAGUAAGGUGGCUCAUUAUUCGGAGUGCUACGCCUUUGGAGAUGACAUUCAUCCCGUCAUGAAGGUCCUCAACGAGCAGAAGCAUCUCUCCUGCAAAGAAAUACACCCGCACACCAUGGAGAUGGUUGAAGAUCAGAUCGACAAGCAAGAGAAGGUUCUGCGCACCAUCGAGAACCAAGCUUCGAUCUACAACGAGCUCAUAAAGCGUGGAGCAAAGCUGAGAUCGAAUCCUAACGCUCCAUCAUUCCUGGAGAAGGAGAUAGACAGAUUGGAAACUGAAUGGAAGGAAACUAACGAGAAGGCCAAGAUCAGGCUGGAGAUGCUCAACAAUGUCCACAAGGACUGGGAUACGUACGAGAAUCAGCGUGUGUCGAUCCUGCAGCCUCUCGAAAGUUUGGAAGAACAAUACAAGUCCUACAAGAAAGUCUUUGACCCGAAGAAGGGCGCCGAAUGGCUGGACCGCAAGAAGAAGAAGGCUGAGACCCUCGCAGCCACAGUCAAAGAACAUUAUAAUUCAAUCAAAGGCUCCUUUGCCAACAUUGUGGCUUUGGCCGGUGAAGACAAGCGCGAGUUCAUGGAGAAGGAAGUCGUCGAGAUCGACGAGCGCUCCGUUAUUGUUCAAAAGAUCGAGGCGCUGCUGCACGAGCUGUCUGACUUCAACGAUCGCCUCAACAAGCUCGUCGAGAAGAUGGCAGAGCUGCACGCUUGGAUGGUGCCGGCCUCUGAGAAGCUCGAGUUCAUCACCACUUCGACGGAGCUCACGCCCGAAGAUCGUGUCAAGGAAAUCUUUGAUCUGCAAGCCCAGGUGAACGAGAGGCUACCUCUCCUGGAGCCUCUGGAGGCUGAGGCUCACGACCUUCUCGAUGCGAAAGCUCUUGAAGGUGAAGAGGACUCGGAAGUUCAGCAGAGUGAGACCGCGAAGCGUCACAUGGAAGAGUUUGAGCUCAUCAAAGAAACGCUCACCACCAUGCACGAGAAGGUGGAAAUAGAGGCAGGCUCGAUCACUCAGGACCAGAAGCACUACGCUGAGUACUUCCAAGGUGUGAAGAACUUCAAGCCUUGGAUGGACACGGCCGAGACCGUCGCCAAGACGCCGCUUGCCAAGCCCCAGACUCUCGAAGACGCUCUCAAGCUGCUCGAGGAAGUCAAGACGUUCGAGGCGGGCUGCUGCGAGAACAAAGGCAAGCUGGAUUCCGCCGUCGAGAGCAAAAGCAAGAUGGAGAAACAGACCAAAUCGGACAACGAGGUGGAGACGCUCACGGGAAGAUGGGAUGGUGUCAAGAAAGUUGCUGAUGAACGAGUUAAGAAGGUCCAAGAGCUGGUGGACACAUGGAGCGAACUGUCGACUCUGACGAACAACCUCACAGAGACCAUCUGUAACAUCUCCAGCGCAGUGAAGCCAGACGUGUCCAUGCUUGAGGGAAUAUUCCAGAAGUUCAGAACCAUCAAUGAAAACAAAGUCAAACUCCUGGAAGUCAUCUGAGUUUAAAUUUGGAAAAAAUCAACGCUGGAAUCAUAACGGUUUUACAUGCAUAGUAGUUUGUCGGAAAUGAGCAAGGCAAUGACUGAAACGGACAAAAUUUUUGCGCAAUUGAUACGAAAACAGAGACUUGAGAAUUACAUCAAUGCGAGAGAACGAAAUGAUUGAUGACGUUUUAUUUUGAUGUAUGUUGUUGACAAAAUCGAUCUUUCUUCUUCACAAAUUUGUGCACCGAACUAGGGAAAAAUCACCAGAUUUUAUGAAAAUAUUAUGUUUUAAAUUAUUUUAUUCAACGAUUCGAUAGUAUUUUAUUUGAUAACGAAUUAAAUGCGAUAUAUAGGGAUCUGUUUACUUGGAAGAUUUUCAUGUUCAUGAACAUCUAAUGCGCGGAAUUAAGUUAAGAAUAAAAAUAAAUAAGUAGGAUAAAUCCAUUUUUUAGGCUGAAUAAAUAAAAACGCCUGAAAGUUACCCUGAAUUCAGGGACACUUGAGGCAAUCAGACCAUUGAUAGAAGACACGGUCGUAAUUCAUUGAUAUCUUGACCUUCAUAUUGGUGAGAAAUGGAUUUAGAAGCCCGGCCUUGAACGAAAGCCGUACCAGGAUCUGAUGAGCCGAUACCAGAUAUCGGACAGGUAAUUACAGAUAGUCGGAGAUUGACGGAUGACAGAUCGAGAGGCCUUGCAAGAAUCAUUAUGGGGAAGUCGUUGUCACUGAAGAAAAUUUAAUUAAUAAUUGUUCUCCGCUGCUCAUCAUCCCGACAGCCUUAUCUUAAUUGCGAUAAGAUAAUUGGGUCACCAUAAUUUUAUAACUGUAUAACUUGUUCAUCAUGCAUAUAUCGGUGGGUUUUAAUAAUUCAAAGUUCAGAUGAUAGAAAAUAAUCUAGUUCUUGAAUGAUACUUACAGUACAUUACAAUUGAUUCGGAAAGUGUUGAACAGAAGAUAUAUGACAAAUAUUUAUUUGUGAAGGAUUUUUCGUCCAAAGACAGAAUUUUCUCAAUUUUUUCAUGUGGUAGUUAUAGCAUUAUUUUAGUUCAAUUUUUCGUUUUUAGUUCGUUUUUGCUCAGAAAGAUCGAGGCAACGGAAUCGAAUUUAAUUUUCUGGUUAAGCUUCAACGGUUGCUGUUGCGAACCAUGAAUGAUUAAAAACAUUCAUACUUUCAGCUGAAUCCAUAAUGGGGAUUAUAUGUGCAAACUGUGGUUAAAAAAUUAAUAUUUGGUCAUGGUUUAAACAACAAUUCAUCCUUUGCUUUCCCAUAAAAAAUAUAACCUAAGAAUGUCAGGGGAAGGAAAUAUCGACUGGCAUUGAUGAACUUGUUUCGAGUGUCGUAGACAUUUUCUCGUGGUUAUUUUCAUUUGAUUUUCCCUAAAACAGGUUCUGAUAAGGAGGAAGUGUCGAUAUCUGUUUUCGCGGCAACGAAUCCACCGACUUGUUGGCGUCAGUCUAGGCAACUGACGAUGAAAGUUGGCGUGUUGCCGCUAAUACAUUGAAGCACUUCU